AUGGGCAUCCUAGUGACCCUGGGUGAUGCAUACUGCUGGAGUAAAAUUCACAAGCCAGGGGAGGCCAAAGACGGCUGUAUUAUUAAUGGAAAACUGUAUCCCUUUGGAUUCAUUGAGAGGACAGAAGAUUGCUACGCAUGCAGCUGUGGCGAAGAUGGAAUGGAAUGCUGUUCCCUCUUCCACACUCCUGUUGCUUACGACAAAAAGAAAUGUAAAGUUGUCUUCAACAAGAAGCGCUGUGACUAUGAUGUGGUGCAGAAGAACGACCCCUCAAAGACAUGUUUUGUCUAUUCUCGUAAGAGCUUUCUGGCUUUCCUUGUUGCAGUGGGCACCAUGGUGACCCUGGCUGAUGCAUACUGCUAUGUGGAGCUUCAGGUUCCAGGGAGGCCCUACAGAGGCUGUGUGAGGAAUGGAAAACUGUAUCCCUUUGGAUACAUUGCGAGGACAGAAGAUUGCUACCAGUGCUAUUGCUGGCAAGGUGCAAUGCAAUGCUGUUCCCUCAUUCAUACUAUCGUCUCUUACGACAAAGAGAAUUGUAAAGUUCUUUUCAACAAGAAGCACUGUCGCAAUGAUGUGGUGCAGAGGGAUGACCCCUCACAGCCAUGCUCCUCUGGCUAUUCUUCUGUGGGCUAA